GUCCAGCAAAACUCACUUAGCAACCGUGGUGAAGUCUAAAAUAUUAUCAGUUCGGGGUGAAUAUUAUUAACUUUGGAAGCUAUAAUGGCUUUCUUUUGCUUCUCAAGGUCCGAGUAUACAAUACCUACCUUAUACUGGGGUCCAGGAUUUCUAGAAUAUCUGUAGAACUGUACCCUUGCAACCUACCGUCCGACAAACACCCAAACGUGAAUACAACUAGCCAUCAUGACGGAUAGCCAUAAUUACCCCAAGACACCGCUGCCCAGCGAGACCCCCUCUUACCAUUCUGACAAGCUGGGUACCGAAGAAAACAACCUCGCUGGUCUCCAGCGCAAGCUCAACGCGCGCCACCUGACAUUCAUCUCGCUCGGCUCCGUCAUAGGCACGGGCAUCUUCCUCGGGAUCGGCAAUGCCCUCGUCACGGCCGGCCCUGUUGGUCUGGUGCUUGCCUAUGCCGUGAUCUGCUCCGUCGUCUACUGCGUCAUGCUCUGCGUGGGCGAGAUGGUCACCUAUCUCCCCGUCGUGGGCGCCCAUCUUCGUCUGUCGGCGCGUUUCGUCGACCCUAGCCUCUCGGCCGCCAUGAGCUGGAACUACUGGUACUGCUGGGCGCUCAUCGCGGCCGUCGAGGCUUCUGCCGUAGCUGUCCUGAUGACCUACUGGACAGACGCCGUUAACAGCGGUGCGUGGAUCGCCAUCUGUCUUGCCGUCACGCUGGGUGUCAACUUGUGCGGCCCGCGUGUAUACGCCGAGGUCGAAUGCUACAUGUCAUCCAUCAAGGUACUCACCAUUGUCGGCCUCAUCGUCCUCUCCAUCGCCAUGGACGCAGGUGCUGGUUCCGACGGCGAGGUCAUUGGGUUCCGCCACUGGACAGACCCGGGCCCCUUUGUGCAGUAUCAGGACGUCCCAAGCCGACUGGGUCAGUUCCUGGGCUUCUUCUCCGGCCUGACGACGGCGGCCUUUUCGAGCAUUGGCGCGGAAAUGCUGGCCCUUGUCGCAGCGGAGACGCGCAAUCCUAGGGUGAUUGUCCCGCGCGCGCUGAAGGCGACGUGGAUCCGGGUGGUGCUCUUCUACUUCCUGGGCGCCUUUUGCGUGAGCCUCAUUGUGCCCUCGAACGAGCUGCGUCUGGGCUCGGCGUCGACGGCGUCUGCGAGUCCCUAUGUCAUCGCCAUCGAGAAUGCGGGCAUCAAGGUGCUGCCGCACAUCAUCAACGCGUGCAUCCUCACGUCUGCACUGUCCGCUGGGAUCUCGGACCUAUUCACAGCCACGCGGACGCUGCACGCCAUGGCUGGCUCGGGCCUGGCGCCCAAGCUCUUCUCCCAAACCACGAGCUGGGGCUGCCCCUGGAUCGCCGUGUUGGCCACCUGGAGCAUUGGUCUGCUGGCCUUCCUGACUGUGGGGUCCAGUGCGGCAGGUGUCUUCAUCUUUCUGGUGAAGCUGACCGCUCUGUCUGGCGUCAUCACCUGGGAGUGUAUCGCAGUGACCUACCUUCGCUUCCGGGCGGGCAUGAAGGCGCAGCAGGUGCCCAAAAGCGUGCUGCCGUGGAAGAGCGGUUUCAGCACAAUCGGCGCGUGGUGGAUCAUCAUUGUCAUCUCCUCAGUGUUGCUGUUUAGCGGGUGGCCUGUGUUCAAGCAGGGCAACUGGAGCACGGCCGAUUUCUUUGGCAACUACCUGCCAUUGAUGAUCUUUGUGGCUGUGUACGGCGGCUUUAAGGUGGGCACGCGCAGCCGAUUCGUGAGGGCGAGUGAGAUGGACUUGACGAGUGGCCUCGAGGAGAUUGAGAGGAGGACAAAGCAGUGUGAGGAGGAGGACGAGGCGAAGAAGGCGGCCAAGCCACGAAGCAGAGUCGCGACUGUCCUGAGGAGGCUCGUGGCGUGA